UCCAAAUGAGGCCCUUCCAAACGUGGCUUCAUUCCGUAUUCCGCCCGGGCAGGGACCACCUGGAUGUAUUGGUGACGGUCCCCCCCGACCCUCUCCGAUCCCUCAACUGGUGGCUGACCCCAUCCCUAGUAUGCGCGGGGAUGCCGUUCCAUCCACAGCAACCAUCGAUGACUCUAACAACCGAUGCAUCAUCCCUGGGGUGGGGAGCCCACCUAGGACACCUGCGUACCCAGGGCCUCUGGUCGUCCCAAGAGCUGUCACUCCACAUUAACGUCCGGGAGUUGAGGGCAGUCCGCCUCGCCUGCCAGGCGUUUCAACGACGCCUACGCGGCCGUUGUGUUUCCGUACUCACGGACAACACAAUGGCCAUGUAUUAUAUCAACAAACAGGGGGGAACCCGUUCGUCUCCCCUAUGUCAGGAAGCCAUUCGACUCUGGGACUUCUGCAUAGCCCAGUCGAUAGAUUUGGUGGCAUCCUUCCUCCCAGGGGUCAAGAACACGCUGGCGGACAGACUCAGCCGAUCCUUCCUAUGCCACGAAUGGUCGAUCAGACCGGAUGUCAUCCAUUCCAUCUUCCAGAGGUGGGGAUUUCCCCGCAUAGACCUCUUCGCUACCAAGUCCAACAGGAAGUGCCAGGAGUUUUGCUCCUUUCAGGGUCUCUCUCCCGGGUCGAUCACGGAUGCAUUUCUCCUGCCAUGGACCCGCCACCUACUGUAUGCCUUCCCUCCGUUCCCUCUGGUGCACAAAGUCCUGUUGAAACUACGCAGGGACAAAGCGCAUCUAAUCCUGAUCGCACCUGCGUGGCCCAGACAGCACUGGUUCACCGCCUUGCUGAACCUAUCGGUGGACCCUCCAAUCCCCCUUCCUCUCCACCCAGACCUGAUUACGCAGGAUCACGGCAGGCUCUGUCACCCAGACCUAUGAGCCCUGCACCUCACGGCGUGGCUCCUGCAUGGCUGAACACAGCGGAGCUCAGCUGCUCCGCACCGGUCCAGCACAUCCUCCUUAACAGCAGGAAGCCUUCCACUCGCUCAACGUACAGGGCCAAGUGGAAGCACUUCUCUUGCUGGUGCGCUACUCGGGGGUGAACCCUACGCAGGCCCCGAUUCCCCCGGUCCUAGACUACUUCUGGUACCUUAAGCAGCAGGGCCUGGCGACAUCCUCCUUAAAGGUACACUUAGUGGCCAUAUCCGCCUUUCGACCAGGAGAGGGUGGCCGCUCCGUAUUCUCCCACCCCUUGGUCGCCAGAUUUGUUAAAGGCCUGGAGCGUCUCUACCCCCCCGUACGCCGCCCUGCUCCUACCUGGGACCUUAACUUGGUCCUAAACAGGCUCCCGCUCCCGCCAUUCGAGCCACUGGCAACUUGCUCGCUCACGUACCUGUCAUGGAAGACGGCCUUCUUCUUCGAAGCUCUCACAGUAGACCCACCCUACACCGUCUUCCAUAAGGACAAAGUGCACCUGCGACCCCACCCGGCGUUCCUCCCUAAGGUUGUUUCUGCCUUCCAUACCAACCAGGACAUCUUCCUACCGGUCUUCUUCCCGAAGCCACACUCUUCUCGGAGAGAGCAGCAGCUACACUCCUUAGAUGUACGCAGAGCACUCGCUUUCUACAUUGAGUGAACAAAGCCAUUCCGGAAGUCCCCUCAGCUGUUUGUGGCGGUCGCAGAACGGAUGAGGGGUCAGCCAAUCUCCUCUCAGAGGAUUUCCUCCUGGGUGACUGCAUGCAUUCGCGCAUGCAACGACCUAGCUCGUGUCCCCUCUAGCCACCUCACGGCACAUUCCAUGAGAGCUCAGGCGGCGUCGGCAGCCUUCCUGGCGCACGUGCCUAUCCAGGAGAUAUGCUGUGCAGCGACCUGGUCAUCGGUCCACACAUUCACCGCACACUAUGCGCUAGUCAGACAAUCAAGAGAUGAUGCGGCCUUUGGCGUAGCAGUUUUAAA